AUGGCGAGUAUCCCAGAAAAGCUGGGGGCCCAAGAGACCCUCCAGAAUUCAGAAGCUUCCAGUACUACUCGCACUGAAACCGCCGUUCUGCCGUUUGAUGAUAAGGAUCUCGGCGAUGAAGAUACCGAUCAUCAAUUAGAAAAUGCCUCCCCAUCCGGUCGAAUUGAGCUCACCGAGGAUAUGUGCUACGACAAACUCGGUUACUCUUUCACUGAGACUCGCAAGUGGAUGAUCAUCGGUGUCAUUUUCCUCGUCCAAGUCUCCAUGAACUUCAACACUUCGCUAUACUCCAACGGUCUCAGUGGUAUCUCCGAGGAAUUCGGUGUCUCCCUGCAAGCAGCUCGCUGCGGUGCUAUGAUUUUCCUGGUCCUGUACGCUUUCGGUUGUGAGCUAUGGGCGCCAUGGAGUGAGGAAUUGGGUCGCAAGCCCAUCCUGCAGGGCUCUCUGUUCUUCGUCAACGUCUUCCAACUCCCCGUCGCUCUCGCUCCGAACUUUGCUUCUAUCAUGGUCGGCCGUGCGCUCGGUGGUCUCGCCUCUGCUGGUGGUUCCGUCACGCUGGGUAUGAUUGCUGAUCUGUGGGAGGCUGAUACUCAGCAGUAUGCGGUCGCAGCUGUCGUUUUCUCUUCCGUCGGUGGUUCAGUCCUCGGACCAGUAGUCGGUGGAUUUGUUCAGCAAUUCCUCCCCUGGCGAUGGAACAUCUGGAUUCAGCUUAUCUUCGGUGGCUUUGUUCAGAUAAUGCAUUUCCUUAUCGUUCCCGAGACUCGCACUACUGUUCUGAUGGACCGUAUUGCUAAGGAGAUGCGCGAGAGCGGCGAAAACCCUAACAUCUAUGGUCCUACUGAAGGCAUGACCUUCCGUGAGCGAUUCCCCCCUCGCGAGCUGAUGGCUACUUGGAUUCGUCCCUUCAAAAUGUUCUUGACCGAGCCAAUUGUCUUGACCCUCUCCUUGCUGAGCGGUUUCAGCGACGCUCUGAUCUUCAUGUUCAUUCAGUCUCUAUCUCUUGUCUAUGGCCCACGUGGAUUCAACGACUGGCAAUUGGGUCUGGCCUUCCUUCCCAUUCUGGUUGGCUACUUUAUUGCUUGGUUCUCGUGGUUCCCCAUCAUUAAACGUAAUGUUAAGGAGCGCGCCGAGAACCCUGACAGCGAGCGGGCUCAGUAUGAAUCUCGUCUGUGGUGGUUGCUAUACACAGCGCCCUGCUUGCCUAUCGGUUUGAUCGGUUUCGCGUGGACCAGUCUGCCUCAGUGCCAUUGGAUCGGAUCUAUGAUCUUCGCUGCCAUCAUCGGCAUUGCCAACUAUGCCAUCUACAUGGCAACCAUUGACUACAUGAUCUGUGCUUACGGUCCAUACUCAGCAUCUGCCACAGGUGGUAAUGGAUGGUCGCGUGACUUCUUGGCCGGUGUUCUGACUAUUCCGGCUACUCCUUUCUUCACCAAUAUAGGAUCUGAUCACCAUGUCGAAUAUGCCUGUACCAUUCUCUCCUGUAUUUCAGUGGUAUUGGUGAUUGCCGUCUACGUCAUCUACUUCAAUGGACCAGCCCUACGAAAGCGCUCCCCAUUCGCUCAACAGCUGUCCGAGGCUCGUGCGGAAGUUGCCAACAACGUCAACCACAGCCGCCGCCCCUCCAAGGUGCCCGCUGCAUCGCGCGCCAACUCCUAUGCAAGAUCCCAGCAAGACCUCCGCCUCCGACAGGCUACGGGAAGCCGCCCUGGUUCCCGCGCCAACUCGCGUGCUAACUCGCGCGCCAACUCUCGUGCCAAUUCCCGCCGCAACAGUGUGAAUGCCUAA